UCUGGUGGCUUACUUAAACCUACAAAUGUUACCUUCUCAUCCAUAAACAUGAAGAAUGUCCUACAAUGGAAUCCACCGGAAGGCCUAACAGGAUUUGCCGUUAGCUAUACUGUGCAGUACUUCAUAUACGGACAGAAGAAAUGGCUGGAAGCGUCCGAGUGCAGGAAAAUCAAUAGGACGUACUGUGAUCUCUCAGCUGAAACCUCUGACUAUGAACAACAAUAUUAUGGCAAAGUUAAGGCCAUUUGGAAAACAAAUUGUUCCAAAUGGACAGAAACUAGACGAUUCUACCCAUAUUUAGAAACACAAAUUGGCCCACCAGCAGUUGCUUUGUCUACUGAUGAAAAGUCCCUGUCAAUUGUUCUGACGGCCCCAGAGAAGUGGAAGAGAAGUUCAGAAGAAGGUUUUGUUUCCAUGCAAGAAAUAUAUCCCACUUUGAAGUACACUGUGUCCGUGUACAAUGCCAAAUCCAAUAGAACGUGGUUGCAGUAUGAGACCAACCACUCGCUGGUGCUCAGCUGGCUGCAGCCAGACACCCUGUACUGCGUCCACGUGGAAUCCCUCGUCCCUGGGCCUCCUCGCCAAGGGCAGCCUUCUGAGAAGCAGUGUGUCAGUACUUUGAAAGAUCGAACAUUGGAGUUGAAGAUUAAAAUCAUCUUAUACUAUGUUUUGCCCAUUUCCAUUUGUGUGGUUAUUUUUUUUGUAAUGGGCUAUUCCAUGUACAGAUAUAUCCAUGUUGGCAAAGAGAAACAGCCAGAAAAUUUGAUAUUGGUCUAUGAAAAUGAAUUUGACAAAAGAUUCUUUGUGCCUGCUGAAAAAAUUGGGUUCAGCUUUAUAGUCCUCAAUAUUCUGGAUGAUUCUGAAGUUUCUCAGAAGGAUCUAAAUCUAACAGAAAAAAACUCUGAUGUAUCUGACCCUAAUGAUUCUGAGCCCAGCAAGGACCCAGAGCCCCAGCAGGAGGAAGAUGAGGUGAAACACUUCGGGUAUGCUUCACAUCUGAUGGAAAUUUCUUGUGACUCAGGGGAAAACACAAAUGGUGCUUCUCUAACCCACCAAGAGUCAUUCCUCCAAGCAAGAGCCACAGAUGAAACAGUCAUAGAAUAUGAAUAUAAUGUAAAAAUUGCUGACAUUUCUAUGGGGCCUGGAAACCAAGAACUGAAUUUACAGGAGGAGGUAUGCAUGCAAGGAAACUUAUUUGAGCAGCAGGCACCUUUGGCAAACUUGGCCCAGCAGACCGUAUUGUACCCAUAUGCUGCCCAGCUCAGAGUCUUAGAUCACCUGACACAGGAGCUCCCAGACCAGGAGGGACCUGAGGAAGAGCCAUCAACAACACUGGUGGAUUGGGACCCUCAGACCGGCCGGCUGUGUAUUCCGUCAUUAUCCGACUUUGAACAUGACUCAGAGAGCUAUGGAAGUUCUGAGUGUGGUGGGGGUACGGAUGAGAGCCUCUUGUUCAGUCUCUAUGAGGAGCAGGCUCCAGACAAGCUACUGGAAGAAAAUGAAACCUACCUCAUGCAGUUUCUGAAGGAAUGGGAAUUAUUUGUACAAAUGGAAGGCUAA